AUGAGUUGCUUCUUCCUUAAACAACUUGAUUCUAAAAGUGAGGAUGAUAAAAUUUUACUUGAUCUUUUUCAGAAUUGCCGUGAGCGAGUUGUGAACGUUGCGUCAAUUCAUUAUCUGCCGAAUCACAUUGUUGUCACCACUAAGAACGGGUUUAUAGAAUUUGUUGAUGUCUCCAAGGGUGAGUUUCGCCUUUUUCUGACUCAUUUAGAGCAUCACAUCCCAUUAGAUGCCUCAGUCCGCUGUAUAUCGCUGGUGCCCAGACAUUUUUUUAUUCACCCCAAUCCAAACGUAAGGGAUUUAGAUAGAUCUGAAACCCAACUACUGUACUCCCUCGCGUUCUCAAACGAACUACUUCUGGCGAACCUUGAAACUGGCAUGGUGAAUGUAUUGGAUCGAUUUGAUACUCGUCCAAGUGCACUUUUUUGCGAUGAGUCAUAUGUGGUAUGUGGCGAAGGCGGUGGUCAAGUGUCGGUAUGGGGUCUCAAUCAUGCGAUGCAGGCCCUGAACAGCGUUGUCGCACACCCAAACUUGCUUUGGAAAAAAAAACUCGUGGAGGAUACCCUAGUGUGUGUGAGGGUACAUCAAAAACAACUUAUUUGCUACUCGGCAGAUCAUCAUGUCUGUAUUCUCUUGGUAGACACCGGGGAAUGCCUGAAGACGUGGAUAUGUGAGCUCGAUCCCGUUGUCGACAUCCUGUUCGUCAAAGACACGUUGACCCAACUCUUAGCCACAGUAAUUUGUUUGCACACAUGCAUCUCGAUUUACACCGAAACCGAGUCGGUUUCCUCAAACCACACAACACAGGAACGGGCCAUCCAACAAUCUCAGGGUAAAUGGAGGCUUAACAGACGCUUUACACUAGAUAACGCCAUUCAGUGUGCCACGUGUUUUGGGAACUAUUUGGUCGCUGGAACCGCCUCAGGUGUGGUUCUGCUGUAUUACCUUGCUAACUUAGAAGACGGUCUGAGGGAACUUGCUCGCUUUGACGUGGGUUACGGGGUUGUGAGGGUUCAACUUUAUGCGAACGAGACGUUGGUGGUGGUGUCCAGCAAAGGAGACAUCUGGAAGUGGCCGUUAGCCGACCUUAUUAAUGAAUGCGAUAAGAGCAACUCGCCCAGAGCGAGUGAAAUACCCUCACUACAGGGCGAAGAUCCAUUCAAGCCUGCCGAUGCGCCUGCUGUGCUUAAUUCAACGCUAGCAGAUGAGAGUCAGGAUACAUUCAGAAACCGUGCUGAGACUCUGCCUGGCGAAGGGUGCCGAGAAGGUAGUGUAUGCUUAGAGGAUGAUUACCAAUUUGAAGAUUCAUACGGUGAAGAGAUACACGAAGAGGAGGAACAACAGCGGCAACCUAGUUUACCUUCCACAUCUAUAGCCAACUCGCGACGGUCAAAACAGUCCGAGGUGUUUAAGGCACACGACGAGAUCAGUGAAGUGUAUCAAAAGUCGGUUUCACAGACAACGCGGUCGCCAUCUGUUCAGAAUUUGAAUUCCACUUCUACUGUGAAUAGUACAAAAAUGCAAUCUAGAGCGAUUAGCCUCCCCCUCGAGCGCGCUGCCGAUAAUAAAGAGCCGCUAACGUUAGUUGAGGAAAGGCUUCAAGAUCGUACGCAUGACAUGAAGUUCGCGUCUACUUCACCACAGAGCAUCGCCAGUGGACCAGAGGACAGUAUGACUAACAAAAAGUAUGCAGUACAUCAAGACGGCCCCGCAACUGUUAUCGCGUGCUCAUCAUCACGUGGUACUUCCGACUGCCAUGAAAGCGACGAAAGAGAUGGUAAUGCUGCUUCGGUUGCGGUGACAACUGAGCCAGAAGUGGUUGCGGUAGAGGAGGGGAACUUGCUUGAUACUUCUGUUGAUACCAUUUAUUCUUCUCUGAGUCCUCGAUCCACUCGACCACCUAUGCCUAUCCCAGUGGAAAGAAAUCCCUAUGAAGAAUACGCCGUAACUGCCAAUGAGUCUCAGAUGCCGGAGAAUCAAAUAACGAUAAGCUCAAAGGGCUCCACACCACAAAAGCAGGUUUUUAGUCACAUUGAUGGUUAUCAUGAUACUUUUUCUCGAAACAAUGCAAUGGUGCGCGUAAAUCACAACGCAUUAGUGCACAACUAUUCUCAGUAUUCUCCCGAACGUGAGUUAAAUAAUCUCCAAACAAUACUGGGUCCACUUGAAGCCAUUUCGGGAUUGCGCAAAGGUCGUCUUAUGGACCCUCGGCAGAUUCAUCAAAUAUUGGAAACCGAAAGUGUAAAUAGGGAAUCUGAAAAUGAAUCCGAUGACGAAAUCACUCAUAGGAAUCUACAGAGUACUACUAUGGUUCUUGAGUUCAAGGAUACUCCUCAAAAAAAAGCGUUUAACUUUGAAAGUUAUUUGAAGGAGCACCCGUUGGAAGCCGAGGCUUUGCUUUACCAUUACCCUGUGAAGCUUCCUACUUAUUCUUUAGCCGAUCGCGUCUUUGAUGAUGCCAUGCCUCCCAUCAUCGACAGUCGUAAUGGCUACUCGUUGAAGAUCAAAAACAAUGGUUCCACAGAGGACACAGCUACAGUGAGGGUGGGGAAUGCUGGAUGGCCCUCGUUGAAACCUACAGCAGGGGCCGAUGAGUAUACAGAUGACUUGAUGGACGCUACACACUAUCGCUUUACUCGUAAAAUGGAUCCUGAUCUCAUCGAGGAGCGACGCCGUGGUGGCCCUGACAUCAACGCCCAUCCUUGUGAUGACAUCCUUUAUCCUACAAGCGAUCCUUCCUUGACGGUGUUAUUUAAAGAGCAUCCAAUGCAACCAUCCGAACCAUUUGCAUUGCUAUUGCCGAUGCCUUUGCCCCCUACACCUUCGGUUUUUUAA